GUCAAUGGAUUUAUAAGGGAGGGAAAGGUCCUCGGGGUUGAGAGAGCAACAGAGCCGGUGGAAGGGAAGGGAAGGGCAGAGGGCUGGGAAGAAGAGACGGGCCAGAAAGGAAUAGGAAGAAGAAAAGGAAAACGAGGAGAAGGGAAAGGAGAGAGGAAGCAGAGGUCCGGGAGCCUCGUGAACAUUUUCUAACCGGCACCAAGAGGGAAUCAGAAGCAAAGCAACCCCCUCCUGGACAAGCCUGAGAGGAAAGGAGAGCAUGGGGAAAGGAGGGGAGAAGGGCAAAGAGUCCCAGGAGCCGGGGGAGGAGCAGAUCCCCGUGUAUGACUGGGAGGAGAUCAAGAAGCAUAACUUGCCCAUGGACAAGUGGCUGGUGAUUGAACGGAAGGUCUACGACAUCACCCGCUGGGCCGAGAGACACCCGGGGGGCAACCGGCUCAUCAGUCACCACGCGGGUGAAGAUGCCACGGAUGCUUUCCGUGCUUUCCACCUGGACCUCAGCUACGUUCGGAAGUUCCUCAAGCCUCUGCUGAUCGGGGAGCUCGCCCCAGGGGAGCCCAGCCAGUACCAAGACCAAAACCCUCAGCUGAUAGAAGAUUUCCGCACCCUGAGGAAGACGGUGGAGGACAUGAAGCUCUUCCAGGCGGAUACCCGCUUCUUCUCCCUGCUCCUGGGUCACAUCCUCGCCAUGGAGGCUGUGGCGUGGCUGAUGAUUUACUUCUUCGGCGCCGGCUGGAUUCCCACCAUCCUGGCAGCUUUCAUUUUGGCCAUCUCCCAGGCCCAGUGCUGGUGCCUGCAACAUGACCUGGGCCAUAUCUCCGUCUUCCAGAAGUCCAAGUGGAACUACCUCGCCCAGCAGUUUGUGAUGGGGCAUUUGAAGGGUUUCUCAGCCCACUGGUGGAAUUUCCGACACUUCCAACAUCACGCCAAACCCAACAUCUUCCACAAAGACCCAGAUGUGACCGUGGCCCCAGUUUUUCUCCUGGGAGAGUCGUCUGUUGAGUACGGCGAGAAGAAGCGGAGAUACUUGCCUUAUAAUCACCAGCAUCAGUACUUCUUUCUGAUUGGGCCGCCGCUCCUCACGCUGGUUAACUUCGAAGUGGAGAACUUGGCCUACAUGAUCGUGUGCCUGAGAUGGAUGGACUUGCUAUGGGCCAUCAGCUUUUAUGUCCGCUUCUUCACCACGUACAUCCCUUUCUAUGGAACCAUGGGGACCCUGCUCCUCUUUGCCUCUGUCAGGGUGCUGGAGAGCCACUGGUUUGUAUGGAUCACUCAGAUGAACCACAUUCCUAAGGAAAUUGGCGGUGAGAAGCACAGAGACUGGGUCAGCAGUCAGCUGAUGGCCACCUGUAACGUGGAGCCGUCUUGCUUCAUCAACUGGCUCAGUGGGCACCUCAACUUCCAGAUCGAGCACCACCUCUUUCCCACAAUGCCUCGCCACAACUACCCCAAGGUGGCCCCGCUAGUGAAGUCUCUAUGCGCCAAGCACGGCCUGAGCUAUGAGGUGAAACCCUUCCUGACGGCUCUGGUGGACAUCGUUGGGUCCCUGAAGAAGUCCGGAGAAGUCUGGCUGGACGCCUACCUCCACAAAUGAAGCCGCUCGGGGACAGGCCCGGGAGGGGGGCGAGGAGGAGUGCGGAAUGACCGGCCGACUCUCUUCUGGUUCUGAAUCUGAGGGGGUCUCCCAAGGAGGCUUCCCAGGGAGGGGGAGCAGACCGGAGGCCGGGACAGACGCCGCCACCAAGAUCUCGCCGCCUGGUUUGCAUCCUCUCUCCCCGAGACCCCUCCAAGUCUGAGCAUCCUUUUCUCACCGGCCUCUGGGCUCACUAGACUGGAUGAUGUCUGAAAGGGUUGGGGGCCAGUGGCCUGCAGAAGGAGGAGUUGGUCCUCCCCUUCCUCCCCUCCUUUUUUCCCUUCCGCCCACUCUGCCUCCCUCAUUUCCUCCCCUCGCCCGCCACCCCAUCACGACGCCUCUCCCCUCACCCCAAUGCACCCGCAGAAGGCUGUCUGCUUGCACUUUCUCCCGGGGGCUCAGCGGAGCCAGCUUUAUAAGGAAAACCAGAUUGUGCCUGUGACCUUCCCCUGGAGGUUGGCCUCCUGCUGGAAUCUGCCAAUCAGCCGUGGGAGCUUGGAGUCGGACAGGAAUUCUCUCUAGUAACACUCACUUCUCUGCAGACUCUUUUUGGAGGAGGAGGAGGAAGAAGACGAGGAGGAGGAAGACUAGUAUUUUUCCAAUAUGUUCUCCUCAUCCCAGGAACUUUCUGUAUUUAUGAAUGUAAUUAUGAAUGUUUCUGCAGAAACAGAUAUUCAUGUGAUUUCUCACUGUAGGUCUCCCUCCAGCUUCACCCGGCGGCUGUCAUAUAGAGAGCCUCAGCUGGCACAAAAAGCGGAUGUUCCCAGGUGACGUCUCUGCUGUCCUUUUCAAUUUGAACUUGUUUCUCUUGGGCCCGGUCAGUGGGGCAGGGGGCUGUUUAAUUCUGAGUUCUGUUCUAUGCCGACACUCGAUUCUCUUUCACUCUAGUUCCCGAUCCAUCCUAAUAAACUGGAAUUAGAUCCUCUGUC